AACGUUGAAGAAAAACCGUCCUUUGUGCUGAAAUAAUUAACGGUUGUAUGGACUCAUUUACCCGAUCAUUACAAGUACGAUUUAUCUAAUGAAGUUGACAUAUAAUUACAACUCUCUAAAAAACAAUGAAGUCAAACAGAAGCACAGAUGCAACAUCCUCGCCAUGGCAGCAAUCAUUCUCCACUGAGUCAAGUACAGAUGUAGUGUCUAGCRUUGAACGACGACAGUACAACAAGGCACUUAAAGCCAUGUAUGAGAUUGUGCGUCUUGGAGCUAAACGACUAGAUACGUCAGUGACAUCCAAAAGAGAUAGCCCAAUAGAAACUACAGAGUCUUCAGAAGACACAUUAAAUGAAGAAGAGCAAGCAUCUGCAAAGAAGUAUUACAAGAAGUUAAAGUCAAGAAGAAGCUUGAGUUUUGAAGAUGAGCAAUCAUCGUCAUUAACAAGUGAAGAGGUUAAAAAAGUCUAUUCAGAGCUAAUGCAAAUCAACAAAAGAUUGCAGAGAGAGAACCAGGUGCUGCAAGACAGAGAGCAGAGACUUAGAGAUCGUGAGAGAGCAGUAAGAGAAGCCGAACGACUAAAUGAGACAACAGAUAUGGUUAUUGAUAAACUCAUUGACCAGGAAGUUCAUAAGAGAUGCCAGGAAAUAGCUCAAAGCUAYGAGGACCAAAUUUUUGUUUUGGAAGAAGAGGUAAAGAAACAGAAGGUAGAAGUGAGAAGAUUGAAAGAUUCAUUUAAUACUAUCAAAACAGCCAACGAUGCUCUUAAAAAGCAGAGAAAACAUGAGUUCACAGCAAAGCAGAACAGUGAUAAAGCUGUAUUUCAACAAGGAACCAAAGCUGUGCAUAAACCCAAAAUAGAACAUCCUAAAAAUGUCUCUUUCAAUCUUAAUAAGUUCAACUUUGCUGGUACUCUGGAUGUACUUGCAGUUCUUUUAGAAUGGAUUGCAGAUGCACAUCUCAAAAAGCCUCCAUCAUUCAAUGAAACUACUGAAGAUGGUUUACAAGAACAGUCUCUAGACUUCUGUUCAGCCCUUGUCCAUGAAAAGUGUCUUAAGAUUCUUCCACCAAUGGCAGACAUUCUUUCAUUUUUGCCAAGUAUAAACCCAAGAGUGCAGGAAAACUGCUUGCAAUUCACUUACUGGUGCAUUGUUUACAUGGAGAAGUCUGUGUCAGGAUCACAGAGGACAUCAAUGGCAUCAACGUUUCGUCAUAUUGGUGAAGAACUCCUUAAACCACAGAUGGCGAAGGUGACGGAUGAAGGUGUUGUUGCUGGACCAAUAAAGGGAGACAAACAAAGUCAUAUUUACUUCUACAGUCCUAACCUUAGUGUUCGUCUAUUGUCAUCACUUAUCAUUCUAAAAACACUAUCGCAAGUUGAUCAUCUCGCGCACGUAUUUGAUGUACUCAAGAACGAUCUGAGGGAUGAUAUGGGUAAACAGCUGUUUCUGAUGUACGAAGGAACCAACAUCAUGUUACCAUUUAUGAAACCGACCCAAAAGGCCCUCCUCAGUAGUUCUGUCGACGUCAUGCUGCUCAUGUCUAUGGACUCACCAUUCUUACAAGCUUUCUUGGACAGCUGUUGUAACGAGCCRUGGUUUAGAACAACCAUUAAUUUACUCCAACACAAAAACGUCGACCAGAAACUCAUCGAAAAACUCAGCAUUGUUUUACAGAGACUUUCAAAGAGCAAGUCCAAUCGUCGAUAUUUCGAGGCGUUCCAGAUUCCAUCGAUCGUACAAGAAAUGCUACGUAGUUGUGACCCUGAUAAUGCCUUCCUAGCACUGAAUCUACGAUCGUUGCUGUUCAACCUUACAUCAGCUAAGAACUAAAUAUUAGAAACUUAAUAUAGGAAAAACUAGCAUUUUGCACAAAUGAAGUCAUAAAAUAGAAGUCAUGUACAGCAUUAUUUGCCCACAAUUGUUGUGGGAAAGAGAAACUAUUUUGAAGACAAAUAUGUUGAAUGUAUUUACCUCUAAAUAAAUG